UUGAAAUGAUAUUACAUAAACAAUUUCAAAUAAAAUAUCCUAAUAAGUCAAUAAAAGAAAUUGAAGAGGUAUUAGGGAGAAAUAUAAUAAAAGGACCUCUUGAUUUAUCAGUUUAUUCUGAUUUAGAAAAGUUUACUGUAUUCAAUAAUAUCACAAAUAUUAAUGUCAGUAAAAAUAUUAAACUUAAAUUUCUAGAAUUGCCAUUCAGUGAGAUAAGUAGGAUUAAUUUAAGCAAUAAUAUUAAUUUACAAAGACUUCAAUUAGGAAAUGAAAAAUUAACUAGCUUGGAUUUAAGUAAAAAUCCUCAAUUUAAAGAAAGUGAUUAUGGAACUAAUAAAUUGCUUUUAAAUAAAUUACCUAAAGAUAAGAUAAUUUUUUUUAACAAUAAUACAAAACGGUUGUAUAGCAGCUUAUUAAAAUAG